CUAGGUUUUUCCCGGGAGAAAACAAGUCGUACUUUUGGCGCGGAAUAUAUUAUCUUUCUUCCUAUUAACUCAGAGCCACCGGAAUAAUUCACUUGCUGUCUAUGGGACCUUGAAUUUAACUAUUCUAAAUCGAAUCUUAUAGCCACUAAUAGCUCAAAGGCAACAUGCAGCGAAGCAUCGCUUCCUUCUUCCAACCCAAGGGCAAGGAGAAGGAUAUUAAGAAGAAGCGUGAAGAACCUGUUAAAGAGACGGUCAAAAGCCCUCUCAAGGCACAGAAUGGGGUCAAGGAAACCGAUUCCCCGGUCAAGAAGGUUGUCAAGCGCAGCCGUCAACUCAUGGACAGUGAUGACGAUGACACGCCCGUAGUGAAAGAGCAGGCACCACCCAAGGAGAAGGCCCUGCCCAAGGAGAAAGCCCCGCCCAAAGACAAAGCCCCACCCAAAGAGGAGAAGGAGGAGGCUUUCAAGGCAGUGUCCACCCCGCUCUCUCCAUCUCCGGCCCCCGCCACGCCCUCCACUCCCGUCACCCCGGCAACCCCCGCCUCCUCGGGUACCCCGGGUACCCCCACCUCCAUCUCCCCCUCUGGGAUCCCCAAGCGCAAAACCGCGAGGAAGAUGUUCCCGAAGCGGAAGCUGAACGAGAGCAGCAGCCCUCUGGGGGGCCGCGACGCGGCGGCGGCGGCGGCGGCGGCGGCGGCGGCGGCGGCGGCGGUGGUGGUACCGGGAGCCCCGGAGGAGCAGAAGGAGCGCAGCAGCGAGGGGGCCCUCAGCCAGCCCAGCAAGAGGCCCCGGGUGGAGAGCCCCUCCUCGGGCACCGGCGGAAAAGGUGAUGAGGCGAUGGAGGUAGAGGCCGCCGAGGAAGAAAAGACGGAGGAGGAGGAGGAGGAGGCAGCGACUGAGACGGAUGUGCCAGCAGCGCGGGACGGCACGGGAGAAAAGGGUGAGCUGGCGGCUGAAAGGAGGAAAGGAGCGGAGGUGAAGAAGGAGGAGAGCGAGCAGCGACAGGAGGAUGAAGAGGAGGAGGAGGAGGAGGAGAAGAAAAAGGCAAAGGGAGCGAAGGAUGAAAAGAGGGCCGGAGAGGAGAAAGGGCCCGCCGACACCAGGCAGCAGAAGAAGACGAAGACUAAGAAGACGACAACGCAGAAGAAGAGCGAGGAAGAGGAGGAGGAGGAGGAAGAGCGACUGGCUGAAAAGGACAGCGCCAAGAGCCCACGGACUCAAGCCGCCAAGGAGCGUAAGGAGGCGAAAGAACAGGGAGGAGAUAAGGACUUGGCCAAGAAAGCCGCCAUCAGCAGUUUCUUUGCACCCAGGAAAGCGGCGGUCAAGGUGGAGAAGCUGGAGAAGGUGGAGGAGACGAAUGAGGGAGAAAAGGGGGAGGUGGCGGAUGUGAAGAAGAAAGAGCCAGAGAAGGCCGCAGUGGACGAUGUCAAAGAUAAGAAAGGUGACGUGACUCCAGGGCAGAAAGACUUUGACCCGUCCAGGCCCAACUACCACCCGAUAGACCACGCCUGCUGGGGGCGGGGCCAGAAGGUGCCGUACUUGGCGGUGGCGCGGACGUUCGAGAGGAUCGAAGAGGACUCCGGCCGGCUGAGGAACAUUGAGACGCUGUCCAACCUGCUGCGGUCCGUGAUGCUCCUCUCCCCAGAUGACCUGCUGUGCUGCGUGUACCUGUGCCUGAAUCAGCUUGGCCCCGCCUACCUGGGCAUUGAGCUAGGAGUGGGCGACACGGUCCUGAUGAAAGCCGUUGCCCAGGCAACCGGGCGACAGUUGGACAAGAUCAAGGCGGAGGCGCAGGAGAAGGGCGACCUCGGCCUUGUGGCGGAGAGUUCCCGUAGCAACCAGCGCACCAUGUUCCAGCCCGCCAAUCUCACGGCGGUGGGGGUGUUCGCCAAGCUGAAGGAGAUCGCCAGCAUGAGCGGGAACUCGGCCAUGAAUAAGAAAAUCGACAUCAUCAAAGGCCUCUUUGUGGCGUGCCGCUUCUCAGAAGCCCGCUACAUAGUCAGGUCCCUGGGGGGGAAGCUGCGGAUCGGGCUGGCGGAGCAGAGUGUCCUGGCCGCCCUCAACCAGGCCGUGUGCCUGACACCCCCCGGCCAAGAUUUCCCGCCCGCUGUACUCGACGCCGGCAAGGGAAUGAGCACAGAGAGUCGCAGGACAUGGCUGGAGGAGAAGAGUCUCAUCCUGAAGCAGACCUACUGCGAGAUGCCCAAUUAUGAUGUCAUUCUGCCAGUGCUGCUCAAGGAGGGAAUCGACGAGCUGCCAAAACACUGCAAGCUUACCCCAGGUGUACCCCUGAGGCCCAUGCUGGCCCACCCCACCAAGGGGGUCGGAGAGGUCAUGAAGAGGUUCGAUGAGGCGGCAUUCACCUGCGAGUACAAAUACGACGGCGAGCGUGCUCAGAUCCAUAUUCUAGAGAACGGAGAGGUGCGGGUAUUCAGCCGUAACCAGGAGGACAACACCAGCAAGUACCCCGACAUCAUCGCACGCAUCCCCAAGAUGAAGAAGGACUCUGUGGUGUCGUGCGUGCUGGACUCUGAGGCCGUGGCCUGGGACCGGGAGAAGAAGCAGAUUCAGCCCUUCCAGGUCCUCACCACUCGCAAGAGAAAGGACGUCGAUGCCUCCGAGAUCAAGGUCCAGGUUUGCAUCUACGCCUUCGACCUGCUGUACCUCAACGGCGAGUCCCUGGUGCGCCAGCCGCUGUCCCGGCGCCGGGCCCUGCUGAAGGAGAGCUUCUCGGAGACGGAGGGGGAGUUUGUGUUCGCCCGCUACAUCGACUCGGACAACACGGAGGCCAUCGGAGAGUUCCUGGAGCAGUCUGUAAAAGAUUCCUGCGAGGGGUUGAUGGUGAAGACGCUAGAAAAGGAUGCCACUUAUGAAAUCGCCAAGCGCUCUCACAACUGGCUCAAGCUGAAGAAGGACUACCUGGACGGGGUGGGUGACACCAUGGACCUCUGCGUGAUCGGAGCCUACAUGGGCAAGGGCAAGCGAGCGGGCGCCUACGGGGGGUUCCUGCUGGCCUGCUACGACGACGAGGGGGAGGAGUUCCAGUCCGUCUGCAAGAUUGGGACGGGCUUCAAGGAUGAAGAUCUAGAGCAGCAUUACAAGUUCUUGAAGGAACACAUUCUGCCCAAGCCCCGGGCCUACUACCGCGUCGACCAAUCAACAGAGCCCGACGUAUGGCUGGACGCCGUCCAGGUGUGGGAGGUCAAGUGCGCCGACCUAUCCCUGUCCCCCAUCUACAAGGCCGGAAUGGGAUUGGCGGACCCAGAGAAGGGCAUUUCCCUGCGCUUCCCCCGGUUCCUGCGGAUCAGAGACGACAAGAAGCCCGAAGACGCCACCAACAGCUUGCAGAUUGCCGAUCUGUACAAGAAGCAGCAGCAGAUUCAGAACCAGGGAGAAAAGGCUGACCUAGAAGACUACUACUGAUUAGCCACUUCCCGCGGAGAGACAAAGGAGAAUAGUUUCCAUGCAAUUGUAAAUAGAUGUGAUUCCUCCUGUUUUAAAAAAUUCCCCACUGAAUGAUAUUAAAAAAAAAAUCAUUUUCCUUUUUCAACAAUAA